UCUAAACAUACGUUUUCUCUCGCGAACGUAUAGCGAGGGAAAUUAAAAUUAUUAGAGCAUUAAUUUCCUUAUUAGAGAAUGGUGGGAGAUAUAUUUUGUGAAGUUUUCUAGAAUGUUUAUUACUGUAGGGAGACUUGCUCUGAUCUUUCUUUUAGCAACGAUGAUUGAUAAUGGUUUUUCGGGUUACAUUGUCAAAGAAGUCAAAGAAGAAGUCGAACAGAUUACGUCUCCGAUGAAAAACUGCACCCUUGGGAUCGAUAUAAGGGCCAGGGAAAUUCUAAUAUGGCCAUCUGGUUUUGAGAUUAAACUUCAAUCAAACGGUUUUUUUGUCGUCAAGUUUUUGGCAAAGGAAAAAGUCAAACCUUUUCGAUUUUUAUGUUCAGAUGGCAAAAACGUUUCAGCGAGCUUACAACCAGUGAACUAUACUUCCAUAAGCAAUUCUUGUUCAAAACCGGUGCAUAAUGAUGUCGAAUACUGGAUCAAUGAUAGCUCUACAGUUCAAAUAUGGUUUAUGGACAACAGCUCCACAAACUGCGAUUUUUUUGAAGAAAUAAAUGGUAGUGAAGCUUUGACGUUUAGCUUGCAAGCCUAUGAUCUAAAUCGACUAGACUACUUCGAAGUAGAAGAGGUUCUACUUCCAGUACUUGCGGGACAACUUUUUGUUAUUUUAAUAUUUUUUGGACUAUGGAAAAUACUUAUAAGGAAGGGUUUCUUUGGUAAAAAGAAUAAAAUAAACUUUUUCGACGUACAUGUAAAAGCGAAUCCAGAUAUAGCGGACAUUUCAGCUGGAUUGUUUCCAAGUCCAUCAAGUCCAAUCCUGUCUGAGGCGUCAUCAAGGACGAGUCAGAUUUCAGUCCAUCCUUCUCAUUCCUCGCUUGAAAAAGAAAAGAAAUCAUCUGAUUCUCCGCUUAAGCCAAUUCCGGUCGAUAUCCCUAAAGCUCCUUCAACAGAUGAUAUCGUUCGUGAAACCGAGGCAAAAAUAUCAAAACCAAAACCACCGAAGACACUUCCUAAGCCAAAAUUUCGUAAACGUCUUGAUGAAGCAUUAGCUAAUCCAAGAGAAGCAAUUAGAUCAAUGCGUCUUCCUUCUCAGAAAUUACCACAAAAGACUGUAACUAAAAAGCCUCCAAAGGAAAAUUUGAUUCCAGGUUUUUUGGUGGAGCUUGAACAAAAACAGAAAUACAUCUUGCGAACAAAAAUAAAAGACAACUUGGAACGAGAUAGUCGGAUAGUUUCAACAGAGAUAGAACAUAUAGAGGUGUUGAACAAAAAAUGCCGGCGGACUACGUAUAUCGACAUGUCUGGGAUGCAAAAACUAAAGAGGAACCCAGAUAAAAGCGAGGAGGAAAAUAUAUAUGAAAACAUGACGGCCUUUAGGCGUCUUGGACAGUUAAUUGGUCGGUCUGAGACCAAACCCGAGCAUAUGUGCAGCCGUUUACUCGGAAAAGAAGAUCCCCAUUACUAUGAGAUUGGAAGUGCACAAUGCGAAUCAAUUUUGGGAAAUCUAAAGGACAGGAACCCGGAUAGACCUGUGAUUUGGAAUAUGAAAACUCAGAGCAGAGAGUUUACUUAUAUCACGAAAAUUGACUCUACGGAAGAGGUGAAUCGCAGAAAAAAGUGGAAGAAAUUUCGUACCUCGAAGCAAAUUUCAUCUCUUGAACCUCAUCAUAUUUCGAUCUUUUUCGACGAUAGGUCCAAUACGGACAGUAUAGGCACUGGUUCAGAUUUUGACCGCCUAUCAUACAUAUCUGCUCUAGAUGGAAUAUACAGAAGUUCAACGGUCCAGAACGCCCAUUUUGCGUACGUAUUUGAUAGUAUAAAGGAAUCGAGAUCGUCCAGCGCUCAAGAUAUCUCAGAGAUUUCAUUUGACAAUCCUGUCGAACACCACGAAAUGUGUACGCGGAGGGCGUCUUUCUCCAGUUCAGACUCAGGUCUAAGUGAAGACGAUUCAAAAAUCAACGAUUGCCUAGUAUGUGAGCAUCAAGAAAACGUUGUGUACGUUAACAUAGCUGAACUGAGGACUCCAGUGAGAACUCCGGAGCCCACCCCAAGGGUCGGGGGUUUCCGAGGAAGGAUGAAGAGGGGUAGUGUGAAAUCAGCGGCAUCGAAAAACGAGGAUAUCAGGGUACAGGUGGUGAACAGCUGCUCACAGAGACAAAAAUCAACAAUUUAUGUAGAAUAAUGUAAUGAUUUUAAUUUGUAUUUAUAAACAUUUACAUGAUAGCAACUCAAAGUUGUAUGAAUAAAAAUGGCACACACACAAGUAUUAUUUAAAGAUCAUACGAGUUCCGAUGUCGUACAUGUAUUAAGUUCGUUUGUCUUCAUGAUUUCGAGAGAAUUCUUUUUUGAGUGGGUAUUUAUCGUUUUUACAACCAAAAUAUGAAGAGAUAAACUAUUUACACAUAGACAUUAAGCAUAACUAAUCAUUUGUACAGUAGCUAGCUUGUAUAUUUUAAUUAAAUGAAUGUAUCUUCUAUUUAUCAUGAAUCAUAUUC